UAAUCCCUUCACCCCGAAUGCCACCAUUCACCGAUACUCAUAUAUACUCAUAUGCCACAAAUCACUUAACCAUCCUCAAAUCUCAAUGCAAAUUGCAAAAGGAUAAUUGUCGCAUAGACUCCAAUAAUAUUAUAAUACAAUAUAAUUUCUCACUGAUCUUACUAAACUAAUCGGGAAAAGAUGACUCUAAAGGUUUUUGUAGAUCGGAUGUCCCAACCUUCUCGAGCUGUGAUUUUAUUCUGCAAGGUUAAUAAUAUCCAAUUCGAGGAGGUUAAAAUUGAUCUGGCCAAGCGUCAGCAUUUAUCUCAAGAAUUUGCAGAGAUAAACCCACUGCGACAAGUUCCAGCAAUAGUUGAUGGAAGAUUUAAGCUGUCUGAAAGUCAUGCAAUCCUUAUCUAUCUUUCUGGUGCGUUUCCUGGAGUGGCGGAUCAUUGGUAUCCUGCUGAUGUUUCCAAGAGAGCGAAAAUCCAUUCAGUGCUGGAUUGGCAUCACUUAAAUCUACGUUUUGGAGCAAUGAAAUAUGUGUUCAAUACUACACUUGCCCCGGCAUUUGGCAGACCCUUAGAUCCUAAAGCUGCUGCCGUUGCGGAGAAAACUUUGGAUUCUUCCUUGUCAACAAUCGAAUCAGUCUGGCUCAAAGGGAGUGGAAAGUUCCUGCUGGGUAGUUACCAGCCAUCUAUUGCAGACCUUAGCCUUGUCUGUGAGAUCAUGCAGUUAGAGGUUUUGGAUGAGAAGGACCGUGCUAGGAUACUGAGUCCAUACAAGAAAGUCCGAGUGUGGAUUGAAGCUACAAAAGCUUCAAUACAGCCCCAUUUUGAUGAUGUUCAUGGGAUUCUUUACAGAGCCAAGGAAAAGUUUCAGAAGCAAAGAGAAAUUACAACUUUGCAUUCAAAGAUGUGAUGAAUAAUGCAAAUAGAUAAUGGCUCUUUUCUUGCUUGUGUAUUGUCAAGGAAUGUAAGUUUUCCUUGCAUUCAGACUUUUGCUGUAUAAUAACAUACCAGGUGAUAAGAGAAUUCUGUAAUCUGUAGUAUAAAGAGGAUUUAUGUUGCUGUUAUUCAUAUGUAAAUCUGUUCAAGAGAAUCAGAUAGGAGCUUAUUUGAUUGAGUUUGGUCCUCCCAACUCCCAAUCCCUUGUAAUAAAGUUCAGAGUUUGAUUCUCCUUAAUCCCUACUUAAUAAGAGUACAACAUGCUCCCUUGUCAGUCGCCA